CCUGUUCUGAGAGAUGAAGAGAAACACGUCAUUUCUGAGUUUUGUGUAAACGAGUCCUUAGCAGAGACGUUUCUGUCUGUGAUUUUGGAGAAGAUCAAGGUGGAGAGAGGGUUUAUGGGACAUGAUCUCCUGCAGUCUCUCUGUAGGGUUUAUGUAGGCAUGUGUCAACAGAGAGGAGACUCUCACAAAGCACAUGCUCUCGUCUACAGACUCCUUAAAGAAGACUUCCUUGAAGCCCCCAAAGUGAUUAUGGUCAUGGCGACAGCAUGGCCAAGUUUUUUGUCCUAUGAAAGUUCUUUAUGCCGAGCAAUUCACAUAGUGAGCAACCUGAGAGCAAAGGGAAAGAUAUUUCACUUGCUCACCAAGUAUCUGCACUGGGAUGAGGAGCCUCCAGGAAACAUCCACAAUGCUAUCACCAGCACCCUGAAGUCUUUUCUGGAAGACAGCAGUCUGAGGUUCCUGGAGAACAGCUGGUAUGGUUAUGAUCUCUGCCCUGCUACCUGGAACUACAUCUUCAGCCUGGAUCUUCUGUGUGCACAAAUGGGCUGGACUUGGACCAUUACCAAUAUUAUACGGGGUGCUGUAGUCAUGGCUGACCCAGUGCUCUGCCCCCGGCUUUCUAUCAUCACUGGGGAAGGAUCUUUGGCUGAUCCUGAACACUUGGCUGAGGCAAGCAAGGACAGAGCAAACACCGUUCCGAGACGUCUGUGUAGCAGCAGUUUUCAGGCUACUUGGGCGACUUGGUCAACUAGGACUUAAGGAGAACAUGCUAA